UAAUGCACCAUCACAGUUUAUUCACAGCUGUCAGACAGACGUCAAACUGCUAAAGAAAAAUUACCAAGAUCGUGUAGCGUUUGUAUCGUUCGAAAAUCCGUUCAAUAAAUAAACAAUGUCGCUAGGACCUUUCUUUCGUUCUCCGUUCACCGAUCUUACUGCCUCGUUAGUAAACUUUCAGCAGUACGAGAAAUGCGGUGAGCUAGAGAUGGCCUCCAUCGAUUGCUUAGAGGCGUACGGCACCGUUCUUGGAGCUAAGAAAUGCGCCAAUAUACUUGAAGAUUUCCAGGAGUGUGCAUUCAUGAACAAACAGAUUGCCAGAUUCAGGGCUAUGCGAUUGGAAAGAAUCAAACAGGGAUGGUCCGGCGAGAGGAAGGGAGAUGAAUACUAUGCCAAACCGCCUCGUGUGGAUGCUUUUUAGAGACAGAAGCAAUACACGAUUAAGCCAGUGGGUCAAAAUACAUCAAUUUUCCGUUAUUUAGCGUCAUAAUAAAGGAUAGAAUUUAUU